GGCAAGCGCACGUUCAGUAACACUCCGUAGAUUGAAGCGUGUGGAGGGCGAGGCCGCGGCCCGGUGGGUGCAAGGGAAGACUAAGAAGGUCAGCAGCGAGCCAAAGUGCCCCUCAGCGGAAGCCUGUCGCCGUCAUGGCUCGGGACGUGAAGAGUAAGCUGUCCAAGAAUCUGCUGCGCAUGAAGUUCAUGCAAAGGGGCUUGGAUUCAGAAACCAAAAAGCAGCUUGAAGAGGAGGAAAAGAAAAUAAUCAGCAAGGAACAUUGGUUCCUGGAUCUGCCGGAGCUAAAGGAAAAGGAGAGCUUUAUUAUAGAAGAAAGAAGCUUUGUGCCAUGUGAAGACCUCCUGUAUGGCAGAAUGUCAUUUAAAGGUUUCAACCCUGAAGUGGAGGUAUUGUCAAGGGCACUCCUUUAUCCUUUCUGCUUCUGCUGUAGCAUCAUGGUUGAAAGAAAGUUAAUGAUCCAGAUGAACUCAAAGUACAAGACAGAAGAAAUCGAAGAGGAAGAUAAUGCAAUGGAGGCUGAUGUAUCGGAUGAAGAAAUGGCCAGAAGGUACGAAACUUUAGUGGGAACUAUUGGGAAGAAAUUCUUAAAGAAGAGGAACCGGCACAUGGUGGAAGACAUAGAAGAGGAUGAAAACAGCAACACGAGGCCUACCAAAGCAAAGAAAAUGUUUUUGAAACCUCAAGAUUAAAUCACUUGGAUGCUUUCUGUGCCCUUUAAAAACUUAUUUUGGACCAUGGUAAUAUGAGUUAUUUUUAUAAAUCCCUGGAUCUCUUUGUGUUUCUGGGACUGAUGCAUUUUUUAUUUUUAUUUUUUGGAGUUGGCAGCUACAUAAAUGAACAUUUUACAUACUCUUGAUCUCUGUACAGUUUUUAGCAUAGGCAUUUAAGAGCACAAGCACUGACUGAGCACUGCAUGAAGCAGACAGGUUGUCACACGUGGCUGAGGACAGCUUUAGAUUAUGAAUCUUAACUGCAUGCAGAGUGUGUCACAGCCAGGUGAGUUGCAACCCUGUUAUAAGAUAGUGAAUAUAUAUAUAUAUUCUUUAUACGUAUUGCUAGGGUAACAGGGAGUUGCUGAGAAAGUAUAUUUCUUUUUUAAAAAAGUUAAUUUACGUAAUUGAUUUAUGUCCUUGAAAAAUAUUUUUAUUGGUGUAUUUUUUAUUUUCUAGGGCAGUUUUAAGGUCCUCGCCCCAAUAGUUUUGCCUUUUUAAAACUGUGACCCGUAAAAGAGAGAAGGGAGGGAAUGCAGAGUCACCUGUUCUUGUAGCUUCACAUCUCAAUAAAUUUAUUUGGGCUAA